UGUCCCAAGAGGGACUCUGUCAACACUUCCUGGUCUAGCUGAUACAAAUCUAAAGAGCUUCCUUAUUCUGGCUCAGUGCUCUCCUCACCAGCCACCAUGUCUUUUGUGGACACUUUGCGUCAGUGGGACGAGGCUGUCACUUGUGUUGACAGACAGGAUUUUUCUGAGGCACUCAAAAUUUUCUUGGCUAUCAAAGAACCAAACUCCAAAAUAUGCUUUGACAUUGGCUGCCUGCAUCUUCUCAACGGAGACCUGGAUGCUGCUGAAAAGGCGUUUGAUUGCAGCAUUCGUAAGGACGAGCAUUUGGCUGUUGCCUUCUUUCAGAGAGGAAUGACAUUUUACAGAAAGGAGAGGUACGAGGAGAGUUUAGGAGAUUUCCAACAAGCCUUCAAAGCUCUGAGAGGCAACCAGCUGAUCGAUUACAAAGCUCUCGGUCUCAGAUACAAACUGUAUGCAUGCGAGGUUCUCCUCAACAUGGCUCUGGCUGAGGCGCUGCUGGGUCACUGGGAAAAAGCCCAUGAAAACCUGGUGAAGGCUCUCAACUACAAGACAGAUUCCAAGCUCAAUAUCAUCGACAAAGCUCUGGACUCAUCCCUGAAGCAGAAACUUUUCAAACCAGUGGAGUUCCCAUCCAAAGUGCUAUUUAAACCCAAUAAGCACUAUGUUGCAGAGCUGGAGAAGAAGGACUACCUGGGCAAAGCGGAGGUUGUUGCUUCUGUCGUUCCUCAGGACGACUUCAUUGGAUUUGCACCGUUACAGCCACAGGUUCAAGAUGGUCCACCUUCUCCUAAAGAACCGGAGGUUCUAAGGGCUCUAGAAGGAGAACCCCACACGGUCCUGUUUGAGUUUGUUCCUGAGACCAGUGAUGAGCUGGCUGUCGUACCGGGAAACAUCGUGUUUGUGCUGCAGAAAGGAGCCGACAACUGGGCUUCAGUCGUCUUCAACGAGAGAAGGGGACUUGUUCCUUACAAUUACCUGGAGAAACUGGAGAUCUCGUUGGCUUCUAAACAGAACGGGGGAAAGUCUCAGCCUCCAAGUCGAGAACCACCAACCAGACCUGAGAGGAAACAAGGUCUUACUCCGCGUGGUAACAGCAGCGUAGAGACUCAACCAAAGGAUGAACAGCCUGCUGACAACUCAUACACCGUCAAAAUCUGUCACACAUUCAACUUUGUUGUCUCGGUGCCUCUUGAGGCUCCGUAUGCAGUCCUGAUGGAGAAAGUCAGUAAGAAACUGAACGUCCCUUCUAAAGCCAUCACCCUGAGAUUAACCGCAGAGGAAACAGAACAAAGUGUAAUCGAUGCGAGCACAGACAUGGAGAGUGUGUGGAGUCGAGCCUCUGAUCUGAGAAUCACCAUGUGGUGUUCUGUCACUGUGGAACAAACUGAUGGAAAUCCACAAAGUGAGAUCCAGUUUGUGGCACUUCAUUCCUACGAGUCGUCAAAUCCUGAAGAUCUCAGUUUCCAACAAGGCGAUACGAUCACAUUACUCUCCAGAGUGAACCAGGACUGGUUGGAAGGGAAGUGUAAUGGGAAUACUGGUAUAUUUCCUGCAUCGUUUGUGGAAGAGGUUCCUGUUAAUGGACAGUAAUUUAAAUAAAUAAAUGUAAAGAGCCAAACCCAGUAAAACUCUAGC